AUGGACAAGAUGGGACCAACAGAUAUGGAGACUACCUUAAAUGAUAAAGAGAUAGAACUGUCAACAUUUUCUCGAUCCUCUCUAUCAUCAAAUGAACCGAAUGUGUUGUAA